UUGGUUUAAUAUAAAGUUCAAGUUCAUAUUAAUGUUUUAGAUUCUAAUAUAAAAGGCGAUACUGUGAUGGAUCGGUUUCUAUUAAAGAGUUAGAAUAUGGGUGUAUUGAUAACCCUCCUACUUUACCUUAUAUUUAAAAAUGUCCUUAAUCUCAUGAUCAUAUAUGUAAAAGGUAAUAAUAAUGGAAUAUAUUAAUUACCAUAAGGUCAAAUAUAUAUAUGAUGAUAUAUUAUAAUGUUGUAGUGCGGUUAUAAAGAAGAGUUGUGUUACAGACAUCUGUUUGAUGGAUAUAAACCAACACGUCUCUUAGAUUAUUAUAAAAGGACUCGUACUCCUUUUAUCAAAAAAAAAAAAACGAAAAGUCUCUUUACAACACUACACUUAUAGUUUUUUUAAGGAGAGAUUAAGGAAGGUUUGGGAUUUCUUGUCCAUCAAGGAAAUCACCAAAGAGAAGGUUAAGGAGGAGAAGAUCAAUUGGUGGAAUUGUAUCCAAGCAUGGAUCAAGGUUAGUGUUUCUACCUUCUUUAGAAAUGUGUUAGGAUUGAAUUAAAUCAAAUCUAGAUUAGGUCUUGGGUGUAGAUUUCAUAAUUGAAAUCAUAAAAUUAAUUAACACAAAAGAUCUAAACCAUCAGAUUAACGGGAAUCUUCGUUUAAGACGAACGUUUUCCACUCGUUUUACCGUAUCACCUCUAUACUCUCUCCACCAUUCUUCAAACGAUCAUUUUCUUUUGUUUCCUUUGAUUUUUCUUUUCUCUUCAUUUCUUCGUUUGAUGAACCUUCGUUCCUUUGAGAAAAUCGACGAUUUUAGGUGAAUCUACUUUUUUUUUAUCAAACCAUUUAUUGUUUUGUUUUCAGUAUUCAGUUUUUUUGUUACAGGAGAAUCCGCUAAAAUAAACGUAUAACUUUUUGAGAUGCAUUCUUAUUUGUCUCCAAGAUCUUUUUUGGAGUCUUGAGAAAUAUAUGAAAUAUACUUUCUUCAAAAAAUUUAUCUACCAUAGUAUUCAAGUUUGAUAGCCGCCAACUUGUUAUUUCUGAAAAUACGAGUUUUCCAAAAACCAGCAUUUUGCGAUAGUAAAAUCCUUUCUUUUUUUUAAAAAAAAAAAGGGCAAUAGUAAAAUCCUUGUUUUUGCAUGCAACAAAUUUUUUUGAUCGCUUUUUAAUUUUUACAUUCUCUCUUUCCAUUACUAGCAAAAAAAUUCUCCUAUUUUUUAUUUUUAUUUAAACAAGAGAAAAGACCUGAAUUAGAGUUCUAUGCAACUUACAAUGUCAAGCUCCAUGAAAAGCCUCCUGAAAGGCCUCCGAUACAUUUCUCAAGUAUUUGAAAGUGGAAAAGAAGAAGAAGAGAUAGAGAUAGGGAAUCCAACAGACGUAAAGCAUGUAGCCCAUAUUGGUUGGGAUGGACCAUCCGCUACUCCUGACUCCGCGCCAAGCUGGAUGAACGAGUUCAAAACUGGAGGCGGGUUGGAAUUUGGACAAGGAGGCGGAGAAGAUGACUCCUCCGUGAAAUGUAUGUCGGAAUGUGGCGGCCGGACCAAAGAUUUACCAAAACUACCAAAAUCUACGAGGAAAGCGGCGUCCGAGAAAGGUUCUCCGACAAAGGAAAUAUCAUCAGAUAAAACUAAACGCAAAUCUUCUAAAAAAGGAACAACAUCAUCGUCAAGAAGACCAAAGGAAGUGUCCGAACUAAACGAUCUUUCUUCGACACAUGAAGUUCCGAAGAAGUCGAGGAGGAAAAAGAAGACGAAAGAAACUGGAGGAUCAACUAGAUCGAUUAGAAGAUCUGACGUGGAUAACAUGUCAGAUUAUAUGUCUGAGACUGGUUCUGUAAGAUCUAUGCCUCAAUUCGACAGCAGAGAUGAUUUUUGAAAAGGAGUACCAGAAGACUGAGAGUUUUUCAUGCUUGUAUAUUGCUUAAUGAUUUUUCACUGAACAUACCAAUAUCAGUUUAUUAGUCUUCGUUUUUGCACUAUUAUUAUCGUUAUUUACUUAAGAAUAUCUUUUGUACAUCAUCCAAAACUACCAUCUAUCAAUCUUUGGAUAAGAUGAACCAAUUCCGUACUUAGAAAAGAGAGUGGUGCAAGUGAGAUAAGCAAACAUUGAUUGUCCAGCUCUUGUGUGUUCUGCGAUAAUCCAAUGGAAAUAAGAAAUCACCUCUUCUUUCAAUGCAAGUACUCUGAGAGCACCCCCAUUAGUGAACCCCAUGAAAAGGGUUCACAAAGUAUUUUUUUAUUAUAUUUUUUUUCUGAUUGAUUUUUGUUUUAAAAAAAAAAAAUUUAAUCGGACCAAUUGCGGGCCGCCACGUACCGUGGGGUCCGCGUUACAGUGAUGAAACCGGUUCAUUUGGAAGAGGUGGAGAGAGACAAAUUCAUCACUAUUCAUUAUUUUAAUAUUUUUUUUUUUGGAAUCUGUGUGAACCCCCGUAAAUUCACUAAUGGGGGUGCUCUGAGGAGGUUGGAAGGGUCUGAACUAGAGACUACUAUCUAGGCCUAAUCAAAUCUAGAUUUCAGUUCGUUUUUUUUUUCGUUUUUUUGGUUUUUCAAUUUAUUAAAAUUACUACUACAUAUUAAAACCAUAUCUAAUUUGGUUUGAUUCAGUUUAUAUACUAUCGAUUUUCGGUUUAUACGGUUUUAUAAAAAAUGUAUUUAUUUAUCUCUUAUAACAAAUUUUAGAUAUGUUUUUUUUUGCUAAUCCAAACCAAAUUAGAUAUGGUUGAUCGGUGAUCGAGUUAUUUCGAUCAUCUGAUAAAUCAAUAAAUAACUCUCAUUCUUAAGUUUAUCCAAUGUUUUGUUUAUCAUAUUGAACAGUAUUUUGAUACUUUAAUUAAGUAGGAAAAUGAUAUGUUACGAAAAUAUUGUAAGUGUUACGACUUUAACCAAACACAAAAUAUAGUUAUUGCUGAAUGGAAAUCUUUCAAUGUUGCCGAUAACUUUAUGGAUAUCUAUCAGUUGAAAUGUAGGGAAAACAAAAAUACAAUUCUCGAUUAAAAUACAUUAUGGUUAAUGAUUCAACAUACAUAAUAAAUGGACAUGACGAUGAAAGAUUCAACGAGGAUAAAUGCAUCGAUUGAAAUUGAACCUACAGCUUUUGAUGAUGAUUCUCAUAUAUACAUUACUGCAAGCCUUCGCGAAAUUUAUGUGGAAUCAGCAUUGUUCCGGAGCCAAUAUGAGAGCAAGAGAAUGAAUCCUAGAAAGACGUUAAAGAGACAAACCAAACAUAACCCAAUCUUAAUCAACCUCAUCUCCUCCUGUCUAGAUCCCUCGUCUCGGUUCAUUUUAAGGUCUUCGAUAUGGAGAUGAACACCAGGAUCCCUUAGCUUAACCUUGCAACUCAACAGAGCCGAACCACAAGUCCCCUGAACGUUGCUGUUCACGUAUAUGUUGAUCCUGCAACCACUAUGACUUGCUAUGUCUACAUCCCUAGGUGCCACCAUCACUGCCCCGACAUUUCUCCCGUUCAAGUUGAUUCCGCCAAUGCCUGAUUCAGGCCCUGGAUAAUCAUCUUCUCCACCUUCCAUUUUUUUUGUUGGAUAAAUCAAAAAAUGAGUCUGUCCCAUUCCUUCGGGAGCAUGAUAUUAGCUCUAUAUGCUUUGCUUGGUUCUUGGGGUUUCCCAAAGUUCUUUACUUUUAUUCUACAAUUAGAAGCAAAGUGCUAUAUUCUACGAUUUGCAUAUAGCUAGAUUCAUUACCCACCCUAAAACAAAAUAUUGUUUUAUAAUCCGCAGAUAAGGAGUAGAAAUACCCUUCAAGGGUGUACUUAUUUAUUGCACACGUUUAAACGUUUUAGCGCAAGAAAAACAUACAACUCUGAGCUAUAUGAAAUGCAAAUACGAAAACAAAUGGCUUCAAGAGCAAAGUAGCUCAUGAAGUUUGAAACGAACCAGAAACUGGGGACCAAAUGGCCCCAUCAAGACAGAUAACAUUCCCUCUCUUAACUUAUGAUCAUGUUGGUGGGUUAUACUUUCUUCCAUAACACAACAAAGAGGAGAACGUUUUAUUAUUGACAGAAGCAAAUAACACGCAUUAAAAUAUCAAAUCUAGUUUCCGCAAUUUCAUUGUGGCACUUGCAUGAGAGAAAAAAAUAGUCCAGGAAAACGACCUUU